GCCAUAAAGUUGGAGUCAUCCUUAUGGCAACCGGCUGAGGUAUGUCCCGUCGCGCGUUGCCCACUUAUGACUUCGACCCUCCUCCGCCGCCGUCAAAAUGCGCCAAGGUGCUCCACUGUAUCUGGAAGAUCAUAACUUGCGUCUUCUCCCAUGCAUUCCUGGUCACGCUGGUCGUCGCCUACUGCAUACUCGGGGCAUUCACGUUUGAACACCUCGAGGCAGAGAACGAGCGAAAGGUGAAACGUGGCAUAGUUUAUAUAAGAAGCAACAUGACGGAAGUUUUGUGGCAAUUAGUUCGGGAUACCCCGGUACUUGUUCAAGAGAAUUGGACUGAAGUAGUAGUAUCUAGGUUAAGGGUUUUCGAAACAGAAAUUUUAACAGCCAUGAAACAAGAUGGCUGGGAUGGUAAUGAGGAUGAAAAUGCUAUACAAUGGACGUUCGCUGGUGCUUUGUUCUAUUCCAUAAUUGUUAUUACUACUAUAGGGUAUGGCCAUAUAGCCCCCAAGACACAAAUGGGAAAAGUGACGACCAUAUUUUAUGCAAUUCUUGGCAUACCGCUCAUGCUGCUGUGCUUGUCCAAUAUUGGUGAUAUCAUGGCAUCUUCGUUCAGAUUCGUUUAUUGGAGAGUUUGCUGUUACGUUUGUACAAGAAAACCGAAGAAGAAAAAACGAAGAGGGGGUACCAUGCGUCAGUCAAGUCGGCAAUUAAAUCGAUCGAGACCUGGUUCGUUGCGGCAAGGGGGCGUUAUGCAGUCUUCCCAACGCUCUGGAGACAGCGGAUUCGGUUACGAAGGAACUCUUUCCCAUUCCUAUUCAGAUGCUGAAUUUAGAUAUAACGAAGACAUCGAAGGAAGUAUUUCCACAUCACCUAAUCCCAGAUCAUCAAGAUACCAGCCAUAUGAAAAUACUUUCAACCGUCAAAGCAGAAAUUAUAGCCAAAGAGCAUAUUCGUUAGACAGGAGGUCGCGAUCCCGUCGUAGUUCGCCGCGAGGAGAUCCAACGAUACGCGCGGGGCAGCAGACGCGCAGCAUCAAAGGUGAUGGAUGGAGGCAUCAGCGUGCGAUGUCCGUUGGUGCAGAUAGGACACCAGUACUCUGCAACAAAUAUGCCAUUAACGAUGACAUGUACGGCAUGAAUGACGCUCCGAAGAGAUACCAAGCUAAAAACUCGAGAUUUCACUCACUACCCCGUUUACAGAGUCCACAAAAGGCGAUCUCCCGAUGUCCAAGUCCGAUGAAUUAUUUCGAUGAUGAAGAAGAAAAUAGUCGAAGCAGAAGUAGACGAAGAGAAAAACAUGGUCCAAGUCCUCGAAUAAUGUCUCCAAUGGGUUUAGCAGUAAAUCGCCAGCAGCGCUCGAUGGAAGAACCGAAUUUUUCAACUGGCGAAGAAUCAUAUACGGGCCAAGAAAUACCAAGGGCCAGACCUGUCCCAAUUUGGUUAUGUGUGUUUUUGGUUAUCAGCUAUAUAAUUGCUGGUGCUUUUCUAUUUUCCAGAUGGGAGUCUUGGUCAUUCUUAGAUUCAGCAUAUUUUUGCUUCAUAACUUUGACUACUAUUGGAUUUGGAGAUUUUGUUCCUGCCCAAGGCGUGAAGGCAAAUUCAGAGAUGUCUAUAGCAUUGUGCUCACUGUAUUUGUUAUUCGGAAUCGCCCUUCUGGCCAUGAGUUUUAACUUAGUGCAAGAAGAAGUAAUUGCAAAUGUUAAAUCGGUCGCAAAACGACUUGGAAUUAUCAAGGAAGACUCGGAAGAACUAGAUGAAUAAAUUUUAUGAUUUGUUCAUUUAUAAAUGUAAUAGUAAG